UUGCUUCAUGUUGCUAAAAAGAAAAUCCGAGAUGUACGAGAUGAUUAUGUAGUGAAGGGUCCAGAUUUUCUUUUAUAGAUAAACGGAGAGUAAUCGAUGUAGUUCGCUAGCAAGUUGACUAGCAUUUUGGUCAACACAAAGCAACGGUUGCUUAGCUCGUUGGUACCAAAGAGAAUAGGGAAUUUGGGGGUUGUUGUUUUUCACGAAGAUUAUCGGGCUUUUUCCUUACAUGUACAUUUUGGUGUUUUGAAAGUGUGCUGGUUUUGUUAAUCAGUAAAAAAAACUUAAGUACAAACAUAUUCUGUGUGGGACCUACACCUCCGUCCAUGCUUAUUAUAAGGGACGGAAUCAAUUUGAAGAACAAGCACAACAGUCACUGAUUCUGAGCAAACAAUGUCAUCGGAGGAGAUGGAGGGCCUGUGCCCUUUGCCAGAGGUGACAGGCAUCAAGGUAGAGCCACCAGUCAGCAUUGGCUCCACGGAGGAUGCCAACUCACAGAACACCAUGGGCAUAAAGUUUAUUUUGCCUAAUCGCUUUGACAUGAACGUGUGCUCGCGCUUUGUGAAGUCUUUAAACGAAGAAGACAGUAAAAAUAUCCAGGACCAGGUCAAUUCUGAUUUGGAGGUAGCCUCUGUGUUAUUUAAAGCGGAAUGUAACAUCCAGACUUCUCCCUCACCUGGGAUUCAGGUCAGGCAUGUGUACACGCCAUCCACCAUCAAACAUUUCUCACCAAUAAAACAGUCCACCACGCUCACCAACAAACACCGUGGCAAUGAGGUCUCAUCCACACCGUUACUUGUUCACUCACUGUCUAUACACCAGUUGGCAGCACAAGGAGAGAUGGUGUUUUUAGCAAGUCGAAUAGAACAAGAGUCUGUGAUAAACCUGCAGGAUGAAGAGGGAUUCACUCCGUUGAUGUGGGCAGCAGCUCAUGGCCAGAUCGCUGUUGUGGAGUUCCUGUUACAGAGCGGUGCAGAUCCUCAUCUGUUGGCCAAGGGCAGAGAGAGUGCAUUGUCGUUGGCCUGUAGUAAAGGAUACACAGAUAUUGUUAGAAUGCUUAUCGACUGUGGAGUUGACGUGAAUGAGUAUGACUGGAAUGGUGGAGCUCCAUUACUUUACGCAGUCCACGGUAAUCAUCUUCGCUGCGUGGAAAUCCUCUUAGAGUUCCCCACGUUUGGUCAGUGUAGUAGUAUAUAUGAACUAUUACUUCCAAUCACUGAACAGAGAGUGGAGCUGACCCCACCAUGGAAUCCGACUCUGGUUUCAAUGCAAUGGACAUGGCUGUGGCGAUGGGUCAUAGAAAUGUUCAACAGGUUUUGGAGGCUCAUCUUCUAAAGCUUCUGCAAGGUAUCAAAGAAUGACCAUGGCAAUGAAGCAACAAUGAGAAAGAAAAAAGGGAAAAGUAGGACGUGAAGAGAAUUUUCAUUGUUUAAUAAUAGUGAACUGAUGAAGUAGACACUAUCUUUUUCCACGUGCGAAACAGACUUUACAUGUAGUUGUUUUUGUCUGUCAUUAAUUUAUUUUAAGGAUUCAAAUGCACAGGUCAAGAAACACAAGUGCUGGCAAAUUUAAGUGUGUAAAUCUGUUAAUAUGUAUGUGUGAGUUUUGUUUUGUAGUGACUUUGGUUAAUGUAGUUAUUUACUUUGUGGACUCUGAGAUUAACUUGCCACAAUUAAGCUGUUUCAUAAAGAUAAUAUCUAUUGAAAUUUGGGAGAAAUUUUAUUAAUUGGGUAAAAGACUGAAAAGAACAAAUUAAACUAAUUUGUAGGGAUGUAACGAUUCACCGUGAGCCGGUUGAAAAUCGGUUAUAAUGAGUGACGAUUCAAAUCGGUUGAGGCUUGAACUGAAUCGCAAUACAUUUUUUGAACAGCAGGGGCCGCUAUUUUCACUGCAAACCUAAACGUGGAUGCUGAUAUUUCUUAAAUGCAAAAAAAUCCAAGAAAAGCACAGACAGUAUUAGUUUGUUUAUAUUAAAGAGACUUUUUCUAUUAUUAAUUUGUUAUACAAUUGCAGUUUAGUUUUGUUAUUUGAAAUAAAACAUUAUUUUAUCAUACA